AUGCCGCACCGUCGCACCAGCUCCCUGCCUCUACUGGCCCUCCCUGGGGUGACGCCGAGCAGUGAGGACCAUCCAGAUAACCAGCUUACAAAUGAAAAACACACAGAUGAAAAGCCUAUGAAAGGUAUUGUUAUGAGUUCUGUCGCAGAAUUCAGCAUCACAGACGCUUCAUCAAAGGGUACCAAAAAUGAGAAGAAAUUGUCAGAUGCAAGCAGAUCAUCCAUUGCUUCCCUGGAGAAAUGCAGAGAAUUCACUUACAUUGAAGAUGAUGCAUCAGUACAUCAGAGAGACAGUGACGAUGAAUGCGCAACACUUAUCCUGGCCUGCUUGUUCUGCCAGUUUUGGGACUUUCUUAUAAUGCUGCCUGAUACCUGUGAACAUUGGCUGACAGAUACCUGUUGUCCAUCCAAUAGAUAUUACCAGACCUCCGACGAAGACCACGGCAACAACGACUGCAACUGUGACUGUGACAUUGAUUGCAGCCUCUUUGAGUCCUGCCACGAGACUGGGGAGUGCCUGGAACUCGCCAUGGAGAUUUCAGAAGUCUGCUAUCGCUAA